GCCCAGCGGGCGGGGCGCGAGCGACCGUUCCGGACGGGCUCGCCGCCGCCGGCGCUGCCGGCGCGGCUGCGGCGGCGCGACCAUUCGGAUUCACCACCCCCGGUGGCGGGGGGAGCGGCGGAGGGGGUGGCAGCGCCACGUCGUUCUCGGACGAGGAGGACGAGGUGCCGCUCAUCCGUCUGCGCGAGCGCCCGCACACGCCCGAGCCCCCGCGCUGCUGCCUGGAGCGCUCCGACGUGCGGGAUGGACUCCGCAUCCUCAUCCCCAUGGAGGACGAGCUGCUCCACCCGGGCACCGUGCGAGCCAUUCAGCCUCCCGACAUUUACGGCGUGGUGGUCGACGGCGAGAGGGGAAACAGGCCCCACGUCUACCCGCUCGAGCAACUGCUGCAGGAAGCGAUCCUGGACGUGAAGCCACCGUCGAGGCAGCUGCUGCCGGAGGGCGCGCGCGUGUGUGCCUACUGGAACCCCAAGUGCCCCUUCCUCUACCCGGGCACGGUGGUGCGCGGGACCCCCCGAGCGUGCGACUCGUCGAGUCUGAUCGCGAUCGAGUUUGACGACGGCGACACGGGCAAGAUCGCCAUCACCGACGUCCGACUCCUGCCUCCCGCCUACACGGUCACAUGCACGGAGCCCGCGCCCGCCCUGCUCCUGCACGGCAGGGACCCGCGGCGUGCCCGCAGGGUGGGCACCGGGGAGGGCGCCAUGGACGGGGCCCACCCCUCCUCCACGGGCAGCGCCGCUGCCCACUCGGGCACCAAGGGCAAGGCGCGGGGCGGCAAGACAGCGAGGGCGGUGGUGAAGGCCGGCAAGCGCGUCAAACCACCGCGGAAGGACGCCCUGCCUGCCGACCUCCUGGUCGCCAUGGCUGCGGACACGGACCUGUCGGAGGACGACGAUGACGACGACGAUGACGACGACGUCAUUACCGGCAACAUCGACGAGAAACCCGCGUCGAGACUCGGACCCUCGGCACAGCAGCAACCCCCGCUGGCGCUCAAACCCCACCGGCCGCGGCAGCCCGCGCGGACGCGCAGCGCCAAGCCCAAAGCCGCGGGGCCGUUUGCCGGCCGCGCCGACGCGCCGGCGCCAAAGCCGAAGCGGCCCACGUCCAAGGCGGCGUCGGCCAACCCGGUCGGCUUGGGACAACCGCAGCAGCAGCAGCAGCAGCAGCACCAGCAGCAGCAGCAGAGGCAGGCACCAGCAGCGACUCACGCCAUCGCCUCCCCUACCUCGUCGACGUCGACGACGCCGCAGGGCUCGUCGAUGUUCUCGCUGGCGUCUUUCACGCGGAGCGCCGACGGCGCCGAGGGGAGCUGCGGGAACCCGUUCCUCUCCUACCUCCCCAGCCCCGGCGCCCAGCAGCCGAGGCCCGCCGCCCGUAGCAAGGACGGCGGCGUGCCGGCGCCUUCGCCGGUCAAGGCCGGGUCGGCGACGGCCGGGGGAGCCGGCGGUAGCGGAGGCAGCGCCGCCAACGGCGGCGGCGCCAGCGGCACCGGCAACAAGCGCAAGGCCGAGCAGGAAGUUCUCAUCAAGCUGGACCAGGAGGGCGUCAUCUUCCCGAAGAACAAGAAGACGAAGGCGCUGAUGAUGCAGGAGGGGCGCAAGCUGGCCGCCGGCGAUCUGGGACGAUCGGGGAGCGGCGGCGGCGGCGGAGGCAACGGCGCUCCCGCCGGGCAGGUCGCGCCGGCGCUGGCGUUCAGCGGAAGUGGCGGCGCCGGCACCAAAGCGGGCACGGGGCCGGUGGGCAGCCCGCUGACCCCGUCCGUGACCCCGCUGCCGUCGGAGAUCCCCGCCAAGUCGGUGCGGGUGGCGCUCCCCAAGCUGCCCGCUGGCGCGGCUGUGUACGGGUUUGGAAAAUACGGCGGCGGCAGCGGCGGCGCUGACGAUGAGAGGGCGGCGCAAGCACAAGGGGCGGCAGCGGCGGCGGCGGCGGCGUCUUCGUCAUCGUCGUCGGCGUCCACCUCGUCGUCCCGCGCGCGGACCGAGGGGCGAGCAUUCAGCGAAAGCGAGAGCGGCGGGCGCAGUGAGAGCUCCGAGAGUUCGUCCGACUCGGACACGGACGACGGCGGCGUUCGCGCGGUCGCCGCGGCGACAACGUCGUCCUCGUCGGCGGCGGCGGCGACGACGGCGGCGGUUACCCCGGUAACGGCGGCGACGUCGUCGGUCACCUCGGCAACGGCGGCGACGAGGGCCAGGACCGAGCCGUCGGCGAUGGCAGCGGCGGCGGCGCCCUUCGCGUCGCGCUCCAACACCUCGUCCUCCACCUCAUCCAACACCUCGUCGUCCUCGGCAUCCAACUCGUCGUCGUCGUCGACGUCGACAUCGUCGUCGACGUCAUCGUCGUCCUCAUCGUCCUCGUCGUCCGAGGGGGACGACUCGUCUUACAGCUCUGGGUCGGACUCGCCGUCCGAGGGAGAGGAGAUGGAAGAGGAGGAAGAGGAGGACGGGGACGACGACGUGGACUUGGACGAUGUCGAUGACGAGGAUGACGACGACGACGAGGACGAGGAGGACGACGAUGAUGAUGAUGACGGUGGCCGCGGGGAGGUGGGGCCGGCGUUGUCCCAGCCGCAGGGCUCGGCUCGGCAGAUGGCUGACGCCAACUCCACCCCUGGUGGCGGCGGAGGAGGAGGCGGUGGACCUACCAGUAGUGGUGGAGGUGGUGGAGGUGGAGGAGGUGGUGGAGCCGAUGAGGUGGGGGCGGCAGCAACAUCAACGAUAGCGGCCAAGUCGAAACCUAAAACAGGUGGAGCAAGGCAGCGAGGAGUCUCGAGGAGAGAGGGCCGGGCGUCGGGGGGGCCCGCCAACAGGGAGUCCCCCGGAGGGGGACGCCGCGAGCGCCUCCCGUCCGUGGAGAACCGGCCCAAGAUCGCCGCCUUCCUCCCCGUUAGACAGCUGUGGAAGUGGUCGGGGAAACCUACGCAGCGGCGCGGCGUCAAGGGCAAGGCGCGCAAGCUGUUCUACAAGGCGGUGGUGCGCGGCAAGGAGACGAUCCGCCUGGGGGACUGCGCCGUCUUCCUCUCGGCCGGGCGGCCCAACCUGCCCUACGUGGGGCGCAUCGAGAACAUGUGGGAGUCGUGGGGCAGCCACAUGGUGGUGCGUGUCAAGUGGUUCUACCACCCCGAGGAGACGCGCAUGGGCAAGAAGCCGGCCGACGGCAAGCGCGCCCUCUACCAGUCGGAGCACGCCGACGAGAACGACGUGCAGACCAUCUCGCACCGCUGCCAGGUGGUGAGCCUGUGCCAGUACGAGCAGAUGACGCGCGGCAGCAAGCGGCACCAGCGCGACGACGACCUCUACUACCUCGCCGGCUCCUACGACCCCACGGCCGGCGUGCUGCUCGACACGCGGGGGCUGCCCAUCCUCUGCUGACGCCCCCCCAAACCCCCCCCCCCCCGCCUCCCUUCCGGGAGGGAACGAAAACGCCGCCCGACGGAAGAGCUGACGAAUACCGAAGAGGGCGGCGAUGGUGACGACGACUUUGGGGAGCGACGCUGGACGAUGGAAUGCUGGAGCUUGCACCAUGACCCCAAUUUGGCGAGCCAACCAGCUGCUAGUUACCAGCUCCUGUGCUGGCUGACCACAGACAAUGUGCCGACCAGCCACUGGUACUAAUUAGCAUUAUCCGAUAGCCCUUAACAACGAGCCAUCCAGCCAUCCACUUGUACUCGUACCCGCACUGACCAACACAAGCUUGUCAAAUGCGUUUUAAUCCCCUAACCUUCACCCUAACCAAGCAGCCAACUGUGGAAGCUAGGACAAGUCCUCCUAACUCUCCCCCCUGGCACCUUGGCCAGCUCUCUCUUCAGUGCUGAGAUGUGUCGUGCCAUCUGGGCCACAUUGGCUGGCAGAUUGAUUAUUUUUUUUGCUCUUUGCUCAUCACACUCGCGCCUACGUUUUAUAUUCAGUCAUCUUUGAACGGUUAUUUUUUCUAUUUAUUUUUUAUUUUCAGUUCAAUGCGGACACGUAACGACGUUAAUGGUGGCUUUUUUUCACCAUCGUUUUGUAAAAAAAAAAAUGUAUUCUAUGAUUCAUCAGAAGUGCUGUUUGACAAGGUGCCCUUAAAGUGUUUCAAGGUAUUUUAAAAAAUGUUAAUCAUUUGCAAUUAAAAUGUUCUAUUUUUACUUGCUUAUGUUUCACCGAGAAUCACCAUCACCGCGAUUAUUUUGCGGAAAAUGUUCAACGUUGAUUUUACAGUUUCGUGCUCAAUGUUCUAAUUAUUAUUAUCUCACACAAUUAAUUCACAAAGUAGUAUUAAAAAAGCCAACAAGCAAGGAGGGCUCAUGUGAUUGGCACGGAGAGUUUAGCGCGGUCGUUCUUAUUCAACAUUAAUAUAUUUGUGUAAGGUUAGCUUUUUACUUUCCACCUUAGUGGUAGGACCGAUGCUCCCAACGCACCCUGGACGGGCACUUGCCGAAGCCGCCCGUAACACAAGGGUCACAGGUGCACUGCUCGGGUCCUGUCAGAAAGCCCCCAGAACAAGGCGCCUUGGGCUGCCACCUUUGUUCGUCAGAGCCACGUGUUCGCUGCGUCGCAGUUUCUUCGUUGAAUUCGUCGACACAUCGUUCGUCGAUUUUUUUUUUUGGUUUCAUGUAUAGGUUUGUGGACGAUUGCGCGUGAGUGCGUUGAUACACGAGGACCCGACCUAGGCUGGCCGUGGAUAUUUAACUUCUUGCCUGCGGAACGACGACCGCCGGCAGAAAGAAGUGUUUGUCGCUCGCGGCGGCGGGACUCUUAUUUUGUAUUCUAUCGAGGACUGCCGCGCAGACUGUGGAUCGGAGAGGUCCCACCGGUGCUUUUGUGGCACUGAACACAGAAUUACGACGGAAACCGCGAAACGGCGACUGAGACCGGCACGUGGAAUCACAAAGAACGCUUACUUUAAUCCUUUGAUUUGUUUUCGUUUUUUUUUUUUUUAUAAAACAUUGUAAAUACGAGAAGAUUGGCGACCUCAUGAUGCGUUGGCCCUACCGCCGGGGAUUUUUUUGUUUUGCCGGCGGGCGGGCGGGCGGGCAGGCGAGCGGGCGAGCGGGCGCGAACCUGAGCCCGGCCCCCUCUUGUUAAGUCGACUACUUUUAUUCGAAUACCAAAGCACCUUCCGAGAAGCUGCUAAAGUUGAAACCGUCAACUACUGGAGACCCCCCCCCCCCCUCCCUGGGGUCGCACUGGUGCUGAACGCCCAAGGAAAAAGUUUUCACGCGGGCCGCCGUGUCCACUGCCUGCGAGUUUGAUGAAGGCGGUGGUUGUGGUGUGGAACGAAAGUCUGGUGGUGGGGUGAUCGGGUAAUUUUGUAUUAUUCUUGGGUUAAUUGCUUUUUGGGGAGGGGACAUGAGUGGGUGAUUUUGUGGGGAGGAGGAGGGGGGGGUGGAGGAAGAUGUCGAUGAGAGGAGGAAGACAAUGAGACGGUUGAAAAACGGCACUUCUUCACUGCCGCCCGCUGCUUUCUUCAAAAGCACGAUUGGGAGUGCGACAAUCAGAAAACAAUCGACGGACUCCGCUCUCGCCGCCCAACGUCGGACGUGGUGGACGGACGGAACCCUCCGUGUGUGUGUGUGGACACUCGUCGGGAAAGAUUAGCUGGAGACUCGGUAGACUUGAACCCCAUCCCCCUGCCCUCCUCCCUCCCGUGAACUUUUGCUGACGCGCCGCUGUAAACCCCAGUUGAACGUCGCUUUGUACAUAAAUGUUAUCGUUGUGUUUGGCAGGUCUCCGACUCUUGGCGUAAAAUGCUCGAACACACCGGUUGCAUCUCGUCGUUCCGUGGCUUGCUGUCGACCCUCGUCACACGAAACAGACUAAUAAUUGCGAAGCGUGUAAAAAUAAAAAAAAGGAGAGAGAUCGAGGCGAUAGCUGGGUACUGCUGCUGCCGCUGUCACGGUCCAUCUCCCGGGUUUGUAAAAAUAAAUCAAACGUGGAAACAACUGAAGUGUUUCGAUUACCGUAGUCCCCGAGCACGUGGUAUCCAUACAUGUAUUAUUACGAUCGUUAUCAUUGUUGUGACUGUCAUUGCCGUCGUACCGGUAGGGGCCGGACUGUGCUCGGCGGUUUGCGUUCACAAUGACGACUGCUGUGUUUUAAGGGGAAGUUCAAUACUGUAUUGGGAGUGUCUGCGCGUUUGCUGUGCAAACCUUCAAAUGAAUUUAUCUUUUCGCUUCCCGAGCGGCUGCGCUCGCGUGUCGUUCGUCCGCACGCGGGCGGCGGGGGCGGUGGCGCGGUGGUUAGCGCACCGUGCUACGAACCAAACCGUGGGAGGACACGAAGGGGGGGUCUUCGUACGUGUGUAUAUAUUUCAAUGGGUUGCAUCGUUAACAACCACCGAUCACUGAUUAUAUAUUUUUUUCGAGUGAGCAAGUGAGCAUAUCUGUGCGUGCGUGCGUGCGUGCGCGCGUGUGUAUAUAUAUUUUUUAGGUUCAUCACGUCGCACACCACGGCUGAUCGCCGCUACGAGGCGCAAAUUUGCGAACUCUCUCGAAAGCCAUCGGGACGUUUUCUUUGUUAUUUUAAUUGGGACCCAAGGUUCGUCCUCCCCCCGGACAGCAGCAGCAGCGGCAACGGCGGGCGGUCUCGUGGCCCCGGCGACAUGACGGGGGUGAUGAUGCACUGUUAACGCGACCGUCUCUGGAGAAAGGGGGGCAAUAGACACGGGCGGAUUCCCAUGACCCCCCCCCCCCUGCUGUAAGCGUCGGUUAACCCUAACGCUGUCCCCGACCACUUGACGACCUGUUGAUUUAUUGCGACGAAGAUGACGACGGUGAUGAUGAUGAUGAUGUUAAGGGGCUUGAAUUUCCCAACUGAAUAUUUUUUUUUCUCAGUCACUGGUGGACUUGAAGCACGUGGCUAGGUAGUGACGGGCAUACUUGAUGUGGUGUGCCGGGAUGCGGUAAAAUGUUUUGUUGGUGCGAGGGCGGGGGAGGAGGAGGCUGCUGAUAUACGUAAAAGGCACGGCUGAAAUUCUAGCCCCGUUGAGGAUGACGACGCUUGAUGAUUUAUUGCGGAGAUGAUGAUUAAUGAUGAUGAUUACUACUAAUGCUACUAUUGCUAUUGUUGUUAUCAAAGAGUAAAAAACAAACAAAAAAAACUGGAAGUGUUGAAAACCGUCACGAUUGAGCAGUUUUAGAAAAAUGUAAAAAAAAAAUUAGAUGCUAAAAAAAUCGAACGCUUGUAAAAAAAAAGAAAUUAAUUUUGUUUAAGAAAAUAUUAUAAUUAUUACAAAAAAUGAAACUCUCGGAUUUGAAGAGGCAAUCGUAAAUGGUGCUGGUUCACCUGAAUUUCUGUUUGUUGUCGUCCCCCUCUCUUCGUUAUGACGACGACGACGAUUGCCGGUGAUGCGAUUGGGACGUGCGCGUGCCCACUUGCUCGUCUCGGUGAUGAUGACCCCAUCAUCGUAGCCGCUCUGCUAACUCUGACCCCUCUUACGCGGGGGGGGGGGGGGGUGUGGCGAUGAUACCGUGAGCGGGGGUCCGCACGUCUCUGUGAAUCACAGCUAACAAACGCCACCGGCCACUACUGAUGGAGGAGACUUCUCGCGGAUUCCCAAGCCCUGUACAAACUCCAUCCCCCCCCACCCCCCUAAAAAAAAUAAAACAUGCAGCUGACAUCCCGUGUAAUUUUUUAUUAAAAUAAAAUAAUACAAAUUAAAACCUUACAAAAAAUGAAACCUGUAUGUAAUGAGUAAAUAACAACGACCAAUAUACUGGUGAGAGGUUUCCUGACAAUCGGUUACAAAAACAACAACGAAAACGGACUCCCGUUUGUGCGAUUUAUGUUUCUUCUUCAUCAUCAUCAUCAUUAUUAUUGCGGUAAUAAUCACGAUGUCCACGACACACGCAAUGCCCUCCAGACGCGGACCCGCUCGAGCGGAGUCCGUUCGGCCAGCGUCCACGUGAGGAAGCGGUCGCCCCGGGCAGGGUUGGGGGGGGGGGGGGGUGCUCUCCACACCGUCACGUAAACCUCCGUCCGUACGAGGAGGGUGGGCACCCUGCGUAAGCUGUAACCUUCGCCGUGCGGCACGUUAGGUCCGAAACGAGAUUCGAAAUGCAUGCCCCGUAUGUGCCCCCCCCCUCUGAAGACACGAAACGAAAUCAUAAUAUCACACCGCGGUGGUGGCGCCGACGGCAUCGGCUCUCAGCUGCUGUACAUACAACGUAACCCCGUUCUCCUUUGUAGUUUUUUUUUUGGUUCUCUCCGUUAUAUUUUUGUUUCGUGUCUUGGGUUUAUUUUGUAUUGACACUACGAAAAUGUAAGCAUUGCUUAUAACAAAAAAAGGCAUUUUCAGUUUAUACAAAUGUUUUGAGUAUUUAAUUUUUGUAUUCUGCACUUGUACCAAUAAAACACGGUAAGACGCAGCGAUGGA